AUGAGUCAUUUGAGAGAGUUUGAUAGCUUCCAUUUCACUUCUGCCGCUAAUAGGUUAGACAGACCGUCGUUGUAUCUCAUCAAAAGGGCCAGAAGAGACGAACUGUCUGGUUAUGAGAAACUCAAGGCUUCAUUGACUUCGGCCACGGUGUAUGUUGGCCAUUUGACGCUCAACACUACAGAGGAGCAGAUCUACGAACUGUUCUCCACCGUGGGUCCUGUAGAGAGAGUCAUCAUGGGACUAAAUGCUCAUGACCAGUCACCAACGGGAUUUUGCUUUGUUAUUUUCAAAUCUCCAAAGGGGGCAUUGAACGCAGUCAAGUAUAUCAACAAAACCAAACUCAACGGGAAGGCUAUUGAAAUUGACCUCGACCCAGGAUUUGAGGAUGGUCGGCAAUAUGGUCGGGGUGAAAACGGUGCUCAAAAGGCUUCCAUGCAGAGGAGAAACAACAGAUUCAACACCAAGAGAGGAAGAGGUGGUUACAGAGGAAGAGGCGGUAGAAGCGGUAGAGGCGGUCGAGAUAGAGCCAGAAAUGGUAUGGACAACACCGGUUACCAGGGAAACUACCAAUUUCCCCAUCAAUAUCAGCAACAGCAACCACUACAACAACAAUAUAAUGAAUAUCAAUCCCAAUAUAACCAAUAUCCUCCUCAACAAUAUCCACAACAAUACGCCCCACCACAUCACCAACAGCAGUAUGAUUACAAUCAGUAUCAGCAGUAUCCAAACAAUCAGUAUCCUCCCUAUUAA